GUAUGUUUUGCCGGUCGGCACGAUUGUGGCACCCGCUACUUCAGCCCAAACACCGAAGCUGGUGGUUUACUGCGUAUUUUGUAUGUAGCUACAUUUAAUGCUAAUCACAAGCCUGGCGCUGGAACACUAGUUAGCUUUUGUUUGCAGUGUGGCUAAGGUGCAACUCUCUGUGAAAAUGUGUUGUGUGGGGGCGCUGUGAUUUGUUUUUGUUUUUUUUACCGUUAGUCUGCUGGCCAACUUUAAGAUGCUAAACGCUAAACACAACGAGCUGUAUGAAUACGUGACUAUUUAAACCACAGUAAUUAAGACGAAAGGCUCCAGUCGUGCUAUGUUCUUGACAAAUGCUAGCUAGAGUAGCUGAGCGGUUGCCAAUGGAGACAGGAGGCGCUUAUGUGUGUUCAUUUUAUGCUGCUCUUAAACCCAGAGCUGCUAACAGUGACGAUGAAAUGAUAAAUAAAUAAAAAAUGGAUUCUGCUCGGUUCUGUUGCACUGUUAGCUUGAUGACUACUCUUACACUGUAAACCCACCAGCACAGAUUGAACAUGGCUACAAAGCCGAAGGGGAAAGCCUCGAAAAGUUCAUUCAGGGAUGAUUUGCUUGACAGCUUGCUUGAUGAUGACAAGCAGCCAGUAAGGACAAAAGCAUCACGCGGUGGACCUAUGUAUAGCACGCUAGCACAGGAGAUAAAAAUGGAUGGUGCGGACACUGAGGACUCGGAUGUGUCAGCGGCUGAUCCCAGCGACAUACUCAAGAGCAUGAAGGACAUGGACGACAUGGACGCUGACCUCUUUGCAUCAAAGAAGAAGCCCAGUUCGGCUCCCGCGCAAACAAAGCCACUUGUUAGCGAAGGACCAAAGAAAGACUCUGCUGUGCUCGAGAGCAAUGCAAAACCAGAGGGAGCAGAUGAACCCACCAAAGAGGGGAAGAAGCCGAACUCUGCACCUUUAUCCUCAGCGCGGAGUUAUAAGAAGUUCACCUUCUCUGACAGCGGUGGUGAGGAUGAAGGUGUUGCUCAGACUUCUUACGCUAAAGAUCUAGACGACCCCCUGGAUGAUUUGCUUCCAGGUGACUCAAAGCCUGACUUGAAAUCUAGCUUCUCCAAACCUGAAAAAUCUGUGCCAUCUCCUUCAGCAUCUCCCAUUCUAAAGAAUGAAACGACUAAGGCAACAAAGAAAGGCGAGCUCACGUUUGAGGAUGAUAAGGAUGACCUAAUGGAUGCACUCGGAUUUGACAGCAAUAAAAACAAUCCCAAGAAAAAGGAGACACCGCUUUGGUCUCCCAAGGAAAGAGCCGACGCCCCUCAGAGACCUCGUACCAGAAUUGAUGAGAUUCUGGAGAGUUUCACGUCACCGCGUCUUCUGGAGCGACCACCAACGGGCGAGAGGAAGGAUGAGCUUCAGUCUCAAGAAAACAGGACAGGAACACAACAGGAGAAGACGUCUGCUGGGAAAGAGCCUCGUUUAGAUGAUGAUCUCACAUUUGGAUCCUAUCAGCCCACACUGGGAUCCACUUCUGAAGGGCGUCAGUCUCGUAGACAGUCUGUCAGAUUUUCUACUGAGGACAUGAGUGUAUCUACGCCAGAAAAGAAGCCAAAGCCCACCACUCCCACAUCUUCUCGACAACGCAACUCAGCCGACUGGCUGGGCCUCAAGACAGAAGAUGAGCCCGUCUAUCUAGAGGAGGGCGUUGAUAAGACAAAGAAUCCAGCAGAGGCUUCAAAGAGCCCCUCGUCUCCUUUACUGGAGAGAAAGCCCUCAUUCACUGGUAGCCAUUCCACAUCUGUUGCAAAAACGCCAGAAGAGAGCUCAGCCCCAGCUGACAAUACCAUUAAACAGGCCAAGCCUGAGGUUUCUAAGACCCAGAGGAAAGAAGGGGAUGAUGAGGAUGACUGGUUAGCUGGGGCACUGAGCAGGAGGAAAGCUCUGUCCGCGUUAAACACAGAGGCAAAACCAUCCAAGCAGGAAGAGUCUUUCACUGACUUCAGUGUUAGUAAACAAGUAACGUCACAAACUCCCAAAAGCAGAGAAGACACGCUUCCUUCAAUCAAAGAAACGAGUGACACUUUUCCCGGACGCCUCGGUCCUGCUGCUCAUUCUACGCCUGUCAGAGAAGAAAGGUCUAAUCAUGAUCCGCAGCAAAAUGCAACGCUAAACACGUCAGCUGCUUUCCCACAACAGGCAUCAUUUUCAGCCGAUAGUCUGCAGCAGCUGCUUCUCCAAAACCAGCUGAUGCAGACUCAGUUGCUGGGCCUAGGCGGUGUGGUUGAUGCGGGACUCCUGCAGAGACUUAAAGAAAAAGAACAACCUGCAGACUAUCAAGCUUUACAGGCCCGCGUCAUCCAGUUGGAGGGACAGGUCAAGACUUUGCAGCUGGAGCGAGACCAAAGCCAAAUGAUGCUGGAGAGCAUGCAGCAGCGGCACAAACAGGAUAUGGAGCUCCUGGAGAACGCACACAAAGCUCGUGUGAAACUGCUCGAGGAUUCGGUUGCCCAGCGGGAGACUCAAGCGCGACAUGAGUGCGAAGACCUGAUGGAACGCCUGGCAACGGUAACGCGAGCGGCUGAGAAGGAACGCUCAGAGCUUCAGGCUCAGUACCAGCGGAAAAUGGCCCAGGCCCAGCAGGAAAGAGACUGUGAGGUGGAGAGACUCAGAGACCUUCAGAGAAAAUCUAUCUUGGACAUGAAGAGAGACUAUGAGGAUCAGAUCCACAGGCUGAAGAGGCUAAAGGAAGAAGAGAUCGAUGCUGUUACAAGCGCAACAUCUCAGACCAGCCUGAAGGACAUUAUUUCCAGGAUGGACACUCAGCUUAAAGAGCAGCAGAGACAGCUUGAGAAGGAGCGCUGGAAGAUGACAGCAGAGCAGGCCAAAGCCGAGUCGACCCAAAGAAGCCUGGAGGAAGAGCGGUGUGUCCUCACCACGCAGAUCAGCGUGGAGCGCGAGGAGCUGGAGAGAGCCAAGAGCGCGUUACUGGAGGAGCAGAAGUCAGUGAUGCAGCACUGCGCGGAUGAGAGGAGGAAGCUGGCGGCCGAGUGGGCACUCUUCCACGCCCAGGAGAAGCAGAGGCAUGAGAGGGCUGAGCGUGAGGUCAGCAGUCUGUUGGAGAAGAGGGAGGGCUCCAUCAUAAGUCUGGCACAGGAGCAAGCUGACUUGAAGCUUCGCACGGCCGAGCUGAAACAGAAGGAACUUGCUGUGGCACGGGAGCGAGAGGCUCUGGAAGAACUUAGAGAAGAGCUGGACAGAGAGAAAGAAAGACUAAGCAGCACGGCCCUGAGACUCAAAACACGAGCCCAGGAGGUCGAGGCAUUCAGCAAGCUCGCGGCAGAGAAGUAUGAGGAGGGGGAACGAGCGUUGCAGGAGGCGAAACGAUUGGAGGCGGAGCACGAGGCGCGACUGAGAAAUAUUCACACCCAAACAGAGCACCUGAGGCAGCAGGAGCAACGGAUUUUAAAGGAGCAAAUACGAUUAAGUCACCUGCAUAAGGAUACAGAGAGGCUGGGUCAAAACCCUCCUCUUACACCUCUACCACAAAUUAUUGCCCCCGUUUUACCAGACUCAGUUUCAGAGCUGCCUGCAACCCUAAAUGUUCCUCCUCCAGUUUCAUUUACCAGCUCUCAGUCUAUGGCACUUCAGGCCAAUCUGGCUCUGUGGAGAUAUACUGCAGAAAAGGAGCGCUGGAAGAUGACAGCAGAGCAGGCCAAAGCCGAGUCGACCCAAAGAAGCCUGGAGGAAGAGCGGUGUGUCCUCACCACGCAGAUCAGCGUGGAGCGCGAGGAGCUGGAGAGAGCCAAGAGCGCGUUACUGGAGGAGCAGAAGUCAGUGAUGCAGCACUGCGCGGAUGAGAGGAGGAAGCUGGCGGCCGAGUGGGCACUCUUCCACGCCCAGGAGAAGCAGAGGCAUGAGAGGGCUGAGCGUGAGGUCAGCAGUCUGUUGGAGAAGAGGGAGGGCUCCAUCAUAAGUCUGGCACAGGAGCAAGCUGACUUGAAGCUUCGCACGGCCGAGCUGAAACAGAAGGAACUUGCUGUGGCACGGGAGCGAGAGGCUCUGGAAGAACUUAGAGAAGAGCUGGACAGAGAGAAAGAAAGACUAAGCAGCACGGCCCUGAGACUCAAAACACGAGCCCAGGAGGUCGAGGCAUUCAGCAAGCUCGCGGCAGAGAAGUAUGAGGAGGGGGAACGAGCGUUGCAGGAGGCGAAACGAUUGGAGGCGGAGCACGAGGCGCGACUGAGAAAUAUUCACACCCAAACAGAGCACCUGAGGCAGCAGGAGCAACGGAUUUUAAAGGAGCAAAUACGAUUAAGUCACCUGCAUAAGGAUACAGAGAGGCUGGGUCAAAACCCUCCUCUUACACCUCUACCACAAAUUAUUGCCCCCGUUUUACCAGACUCAGUUUCAGAGCUGCCUGCAACCCUAAAUGUUCCUCCUCCAGUUUCAUUUACCAGCUCUCAGUCUAUGGCACUUCAGGCCAAUCUGGCUCUGUGGAGAUAUACUGCAGAAAAGGACCGUGAAUACCUACAAGAGGAGCAGUUUUUUCUAGAAAAUCUGAAAAAGAAAUCUUACAGAUCAUCUUUCAGCACAGAUUGACCAACACAUGCUGGGCUUUCCUCCCAGCACAUAUGGAAUCACGUUACUUUCUAUACUUCAAUUUUAUACCUCAUUGUAGUUUUAUUAAAAAACACGUUCCUGAUCCAACAUGGUUUUUAUCUUUCAUAAAGACAAAUACUGAAUUUAAUAGUCUCCUCUGGCAUCAGACUUGAGGUUGGUAUUCCGUCCUUCCACACCAGCUCAAUCUGCAAGUUAGAAAAUAAAAUAAUAAAUAAGAAAGUAACACUAAAAUACAACAUGAUCAAUACAAUAUUCAAGCAAAACUUUGCUAUAAAAACAUCAGCAGUCAAGCCUCAGGUUACCAUGACUCCACACUUGAGUUCAGACAGGGAUAACUUGUAUCAUCACUGGCUUGACUUUAAAAUCACAACUCUUGCAUGAUUUACCUGCUCAGGACCUGCUGUCUUCAAGGCCAGAAAAUCAUCUCCAUCCUUUCUUCUGCUACUACAGCACCUGUACCAGGAAACAACAUGUGGAUGACCGAGUGCUCAGAUCACACAAGCUGAAAGCAAAGAGCUUUGCAGAUUCUCAGAACAGCUUUCCAUCGUCAGUUAUCGCAUCAGACGGCACUUCCUAUGCAGCCGUUUUCAUCACUGAACAAGUGGCAACAGAGAUCACAAGAUCCAGUGCAAUACAAACCUUUUGACUGUGGUUCCUUCCUUAGGCACUCAGUGGGAAGGAGAACAGAUGAGCCACGAAUCUGCAAAAACACAGGUCAUCAGUGAGGAUCCAUCAGCAGCAUGUGGGUUUCACAAAUAAACACAGCAGCUCAGAUACCAUGGUUUUCCACAAGGUUUUGUUCUCUCGGACAGGGAUAACAAGUUCAUCAUGUGUACUGCACUGACACAAAUGCAUGUAACUGUUAACCAGUUUUACCUUAAAUCAGGAAAUGGAACUUCGCCCUCUUACAGGCAGACAAAUGAGUCCCUCUGCAUCAUCCAAACCUGUAUGAGAAGU